ACAAUGGCAUGGCGCUUGCAGUCUAUGGUUGGGCGUCCAUAGUGACAUCAUCAGCGCGUGCCUGAUGCGGGGAAGGAAGGAGCCGUGAAAGCCUGAGGAGGAGCCGGGAGUCUCUCCCCUCCCGGGGAGGGUGCGGCGGCUACUGAUAGAGAACCAGCCUUCUCAACACUCCUGGCUAGCUGCAGUACUUCACUAUGGCUCCUAAAGAUAUAAUGACUAAUUCUCAUGCCAAGUCGAUUCUUAAUGCAAUGAAUUCACUUCGAAAAAGUAACACACUUUGUGAUGUGACCUUGCGUGUGGAACAGAAAGACUUUCCAGCCCAUCGUAUUGUAUUAGCUGCUUGCAGUGACUACUUCUGUGCAAUGUUCACCAGUGAGCUUUCAGAGAAGGACAAACCCUAUGUGGACAUCCAAGGUUUAACAGCCUCUACAAUGGAAAUUUUGCUGGACUUUGUAUACACAGAGACAGUUCAUGUGACAGUAGAAAAUGUUCAAGAGUUGCUUCCAGCUGCCUGUCUGCUUCAGCUGAAAGGGGUGAAGCAGGCUUGUUGUGAAUUCCUAGAAAGCCAGCUGGAUCCGUCCAACUGCUUGGGGAUCCGAGAUUUUGCUGAAACACACAAUUGUGUCGAUUUAAUGCAGGCAGCAGAGGUAUUCAGCCAGAAGCACUUCCCAGAUGUAGUUCAGCAUGAAGAGUUCAUCCUCUUAAGUCAAGAAGAAGUGGAGAAGCUCAUUAAAUGUGAUGAAAUUCAGGUGGAUUCUGAAGAGCCUGUCUUCGAGGCAGUCAUUAACUGGGUGAAGCAUUCAAAGAAGGAAAGAGAAGCAUCCUUGCCUGAACUUCUGCAGUAUGUCCGCAUGCCACUUCUCACCCCGCGCUACAUAACCGAUGUCAUAGACACUGAGCCUUUUAUUCGAUGUAGCUUGCAGUGCAGAGACCUUGUUGAUGAGGCUAAGAAGUUUCAUCUAAGGCCUGAGCUUCGUAGCCAAAUGCAGGGUCCCAGAACCAGAGCACGUUUGGGUGCCAAUGAAGUUCUGUUAGUAAUAGGUGGCUUUGGAAGCCAGCAAUCACCUAUUGAUGUGGUAGAGAAAUAUGACCCAAAGACACAAGAGUGGAGUUUACUACCAAGCAUCAGUCGUAAAAGACGCUACGUUGCCACAGUAUCCUUGCAUGAUCGAAUAUAUGUGAUAGGUGGUUAUGAUGGCCGUUCUCGACUCAGCUCUGUGGAGUGCUUGGAUUAUACAUCUGAUGAAGACAGCAUGUGGUACUCUGUGGCUCCAAUGAACGUUAGACGGGGCCUAGCUGGAGCCACCACUCUGGGAGACAUGAUCUACGUUUCUGGAGGUUUUGAUGGAAGCCGGCGCCAUACAAGUAUGGAGAGAUAUGAUCCCAAUAUUGAUCAGUGGAGUAUGUUGGGAGAUAUGCAGACAGCUCGAGAAGGCGCUGGAUUGGUUGUUGCCAACAAUGUAAUCUACUGUCUUGGUGGUUAUGAUGGUCUGAAUAUCUUAAAUUCUGUGGAACGAUAUGAUCCCCAUACUGGGCACUGGACAAAUGUCACUCCAAUGGCCACCAAGCGCUCAGGAGCUGGAGUAGCCUUGCUGAAUGAUCAUAUUUAUGUUGUUGGAGGAUUUGAUGGAACAGCACAUCUUUCAUCUGUGGAAGCAUAUAACAUUCGCGCAGACUCCUGGACAACAGUGACAAGCAUGACAACCCCACGCUGUUAUGUGGGUGCAACAGUACUGAGGGGAAGGCUUUAUGCCAUAGCUGGGUAUGAUGGUAACUCACUGCUGAGCAGUAUUGAGUGCUAUGACCCCAUCAUUGAUAGCUGGGAAGUGGUGACCUCACUGGGGACGCAGCGUUGUGAUGCUGGUGUUUGUGUGCUGCGAGAGAAAUGAUGUCCAGAAAGAAAGACCUUGCCAGAGCACUUCUUGGAGCAGAGAGACUAUAGGACAAAGUAGCAGCUGGCUUACAUCUUGUAGAUGUGGAUACAGUGACCAUUGACCCUGUGCUGCACACCCACAGGCUCAUCUUCAAACCUACUGAUACUAGUGGGGAAAACCCACACACACAAUGCACUUUGAAGUGAUCAUGGAGGAAUGGCAUACUCAUCUGGACUAUCCUAGGGAAAGUGAUGUGUUGGAGCAGCAAGAAUGCCUUUGCCUUCUGACCUGCUGAAUGCCUGAGAUUAAACAAGUUCAUCUCCAUCCUCUCCAAGCAUCAGUCCAUGCAGGGAGAUGAGAGUUUGGGUCCACAAGUGGGUUUGUGCUUGAAUGUUUUCAUGUACCAAAUACGCUGCAGUGCAAACAUACUGAAGAUUUGGUGGAUAGACCUUGUUUUCUGGAUACUUGUUCAGGAUCUGUGCACACACUUGUAGACAAUGGUGGGAUAGAGUCAGAGACAACAGUUGGCAAAUGGAACUGCAAAGACGCAAUGUGUGCACUUAGUGUAAGGACUCUGACCACAUAUAUAAACACAGAGGAGGGAAAUGGAGACCAGUUGCCUACUGGGAAGAUUGGCAGCCAUACAGAAAGAGAAUGUUGUAUUUUAUGUCUUUUAGUGGUUGAGCCACCAACAUUUCCUGGAGUGUAGGAGUAUUUUCAAAUACCUGUAAAUAAAAACCUGACUCUAGAUUGCAUCUUUUUCUAAAUACAAAACUUUUGGGUGUUAGCAAGGCAGUGAAAUAAUGUAUUGACCACUAUAUCUUUGGAGGUCUUGGAGACCUGAGCUACAAUGGAUUGGUACCUAGGGUGGAGGGAAACUGCAAUGUAUACUUUCUAAGGGUAUAUCUGCUCUGCUCUGUUCUUUUCAGGGAAUGGAUGUGUAUUUGCAGUUCAGGCCAUGCCCACAAUCACAGAGCAUCUCUUCUCAAACCCACCUUAAUCACUAGGCAUUCUGCACUGCAGAUAAGCAGUACAAUCCUGUGUAGUUAUUCCAAACUAAGCUCUUUGAAUUCAGUCCUUAGAUGGGAAUUGCACUGGAUUGCAGUGAAGGUGAAGCUUGAUGCCCUGCACAGGUCUCAGGCUCAGUGGUGGUGCCAGGGUUUUCAGCGCCCGCACUUUCCUCUGCUCAGUCCCUUCUUCCUCCCCGCUGCCACCCGCAGCAUUCUAGGCACUUGCCUGACAAGUCAAGUCAUGCUGCUCUUCAAGUUGCUCCUCGGCCCCGAGUGCUGCUGCUGGGCUUUAAGGCAGGUUGCAGGUCUCACACCGCCAGGCUUCUUUCAGUCUGCAGGAGUCUGCAGCCUGCAGGAGUCCGCCCCAGCCGGUGCCACCCUGUGGCGGAAUGCCGCUAUAGGCAGCUGCCUACAUUGCCUAAUGGUUGGUGCCAGCCUUGCUCAGGCUGCUGCAGCACUGUCACCAUAGUGUUCUCCUUUUUCUUCAUCUGAUUUUAACACAGUUUCUUGUACUCCUGCUUUAUUGCUAAAGUAGGAACAAGGGAAAUUUGUGUGCACUUAGCAUACAGAUAUUUACAAAACAGUUUCUCCUGCAGAGCAUCUCCCCAGAUCCAAUUGCCCCAAGAAUGUAGACUCCUCUUCAGCCUGAACUGGAAUUAUUUUAUUGUUUGCACAGAGCAUCACUCUCUGUAGUGACAUCUAGGACUCCAUUUCUUCUUGCUCUUCUUCUGGUGUGUAAUGCAGUCUAUAUUAGGUAUGUGAGGAUGCAGCAAGACCAGUGUUGCUGAGAUGGACCCUGAGCCUGUGGAUAAUGCAGCUCCAUCCUUUAUGUACCUGCCAUAAACUGUCAACAUGACCCGGGAGCCCUCUCCCCUGACCUACUGAGCCUCUUUCUGUGUUGCCUAUCAGGUAUCAAGGGGUGAAUGUAUUUAUUUUCUUGGGUGCUGUUGACUCUUUGCUUUGAGGAUACAGUAGCAUGAGAUUAUUAUGCACUUUCAAACAACACUGAGUAUAUGAAUUCUGUCCUAUCACACCAGUGUUUGUGAUUAAUUUCUUAUGGGUUUUUUAAUAAAAGUAUCUCUGCUACAUGUGAA